AAAAUUGUUGAGUACAUACUUAAAGUGACUAUUUUAAACGUACCCUCAAACAUAAAAUACCAUUCUCUCUAAAUAUCACCUUCUUCACCCCUUUUGCAAAAACCACUUCUUUCUAUUUUUGCUGCCUUUCAAACGGUGUCGUAUUCACUCUCAUCAGAAAUGUCUGCAUAUGAUAAUGUGGUUGGUGGGAAGUUGAAACUAAAGGGAAAGGCACUGGAUGUAAAAGCCGCUGGAAUAAAGAAAAAGAAAAAGAAAGAAAAGAAGGAUUACGAUCAAAUCUCCCAGGUUGCAGGAAACGAGCUUUCAAUAGAUGGUGGUAGUGGAUCCAUAGAUGAUUCCACCAAAGAAGAGACUGGAAAUGCCACUAAAUCUGUUGGUGAAGAAAAUGCCGGUCGCUGGGAUGAUAAUCUAACCCCUGCAGAGAGGCGCUACAUAGAACAAAGAGAGAGGAUCGACAUGCAUAAGAUGGCCAAGACUGCUAAUAAAUCACAUCGUGACCGAAUCGAAGAUUUCAAUCAGUACUUGGCGAACAUGAGCGAGCACUAUGACAUUCCCAAAGUUGGCCCUGGUUAAUUAAGAACAAAUCAAGAAAUUUGCCGCAUCUCUAUAUCUCGCUUAUGGUUGUUUUGCUUUAGCAUUUUCACUAGCUACCUUUUUUGCUUUUUCUAUUUGGUAAUUUAGCAGUUUCCUUGGUUAGACAAUCUCUGCAUGGCCAUGUUCCCUUCUGAGUUUGAACCUUGCAAUGAUGUGCUCUAGUGGAUGUAAAUUUACAGAUUGUAUGUACUUUAAAUGAAAGGCCUGGAACAGUUUCAAUUAAGUGAAACAUUUCAGAAGGUGGAGAAUUCUCCUCAAAUGUUUCUGUUUCUGAUGUACCAUAGGCAGAAUGGUUUGCGUUAAUUAUAUUUGUGGAUGAAAUGGCUA